ACCUCCGGAAAUCACGUGAGCAGAUUCCAGCAACAAUCCACCUGCGCGAGCGAGCUGGUGGACUUCUGAUGCUGUGCGAGACUGGCGAAAGAAGAGUGAACACGAAUCAUCACGAGUCGAGGGAAAAGUUGUUUUUAUACCCACACCGGUUGCUAAAUUGUAGCUUAAAAGCAGAGGAAUGGAUUUGAGGACGUCCUGCCUUUGUUUAUUCAAUAUUAUUCUCCUCGCAGGCCCAGCCUGUGGACUACAGAUCACUUCCACUGGCCCCACAUCCAUUGAGAAAGCCAGUGGAGAGACUGUGAAGCUGGACUGUCAGUUUACUCUCGCUGCUGAGGAUUCUGGGCCUCUGGACAUUGAGUGGAGCCUGCAGCCCUCUGACAACCAGAAAACAGAGCAAGUGUGUACUCAGGGUGACAGGGCCUUUGAACACUACUAUGAACCUCUUAAAGGAAGAGUCCACUUCAACUCCCCUGACCCUAAAAAUGGUGAUGCCUCUAUGAACAUCAUGGGUCUGAAAGCAACAGACACAGGAACCUAUCAGUGCAAGGUGAAAAAGGUUCCUGGUAUCAGCAGCAGGAAGAUCCUCCUAACCGUCAUGGUGCGCCCCUCUAAACCCAGAUGUUAUGCAGAGGGUCAGACUAAUGUGGGGAAAGAUAUGGUGUUGAGAUGUAGCUCUGCGGAGGGCACACAACCACUGCAGUACAUUUGGGAAAGAACGACAGGCAAUAAACUUCUGCCGCCCCUGGCAGUGCUAGAUCCAGUCGGGGGCACCAUGAGUCUGAGGAACGCGACUGAGGCAGCUUCAGGAACAUACAAAUGCAUUGCUAAAAACCGUAUUGGAACAGAAGAGUGUUUGGUGGAGGUCAACAUCACACAACCCCCGAACACAGCUGGCGUCAUCGCAGGUGUAGUAAUCUGCAUUCUGCUGGUUCUCAUUCUUCUCGCCCUCCUCCUCUUCUGCUGCUGCCGUGCCCGCAACAAGAAGAAGUACGAGAAGGAGAUUGCCUAUGAGAUCAGAGAGGAUGUCCCCGCUCCAAAGAGUCGUGUUUCAACUGCACGCAGUUUCACCAGCGUGGGCAGCCAGCGCUCCUCUCUGGGCUCCAUGUCUCCCUCCAACCUGCAUGAGUACACCAAGCCCCAGUAUGACAAGAUACCCUCUGAAGAGUACGAGAGACCCCCUAGUCACGCCCCUAUUCCCCCACCCAGCAGAAUGGCCGGCCCCAACCUCAGCCGCAUGGGGGCCAUCCCUGUCAUGGUCCCUGCCCAGAACAGGGAUGGAUCCAUUGUGUAAAUCUGAACUGGGAUCAUUCUCCAUUCAUUUUAGACUGUCACUAUUCUAUUCAUUGUUCUAGCGGAAUUUGUGAAGGAGCAAAUGAAGGUUUCUGCAGAGAGUCGAACUCGGCUGUACCAUCUCUGAUAAUACAAUUUGACUCGCAGAACUUCAACACACAUUAACAAAAAACUUUAUUCAAUAGAAUGCAGAAAGAUCAUUGAUUCACCUGCUCCUGUUUUGUUAAUAAUGCAAUGCAUGAUGUUCUUUUUUCUUUUUAAAAAUAGAAGGCCCUAUCUAAUAUAAGGCACUUGAAUUCUUUGCCUAUUUAGUGAUCUCCAGAGAUAAAAUGAAACCUAUUGAACUAAAUGAAAUGUAUGUAGAACAAACCAUAGUUAUUGGCUUUAGAUGAAAACUCCCAAGCUAUUUGUGAUUUCCUUUUGGCUUUUUUUAUCAGUUUGAAAAAUUUUCAGGCAACUUUAAACCAUUUAUCUAUGACACGUAUCUCUUCAUGCUAUAAAAGCCUGGUAAAGAUUUACACAAAAACUGUGAAAAAAUAUGUGGGUUGGCUUUGGUUUCUGGAUGAGAAAAAUGUUUUAAAAAAAUAGAAAAGCGUUUCCAUGCGAUGUGUGUGUAUAUAUGAACAUGAAAUUGAUUUAUCUGACAGUGAGCUAAUACUGUGAUUCUUAACCUGCUUUGAUUUUUCAUGGACCAUUUGGCAGUUGUAAACUCCCAUCGGUACAUGUCAGUGUAAUUAGUGUUCAAGUCUCUGAUUGGUUGUUUGCUUGUGCCCCAAACCCGCAGCAUAGUCGUAGUCAUCAGAAUAAAUAAGAUUAAAGGUUUAUUUCAAAAGAUGCUCAAGCUGGUUGGUAAAAUAUGGUUCACUGAGCAAUCAGACUUUGGCAAGUUUGAAGACCAGCGGCACCAUUCACCACCACUCUUCUGCCCAGAAAAGCUGAUCACAGAUGUCUGAGAUGCUAAUCCUAAACCUGCAUUUGGCCUGGCUCAAUUUAUCCCGGUUUAAAGCUGUUUGUCAUUUUGACAUGUUAAUUUAUAGUUGAUUUAUUAGAUGAAGGACAUUUAAUUGAAGGAUUUGUUCACGACACUAUUUAAACCAAUUGAAGGAGGUCAACUUGAUGAAAGAUUGUCCAUAGAUUUUAAAAGACUUGAAUGUUUAUGAAUGGGUAUAUUGAUUAGGAUUAAGUCACCGUAUUCACCACCGUGAGUGUCACCAGUCUUUCUUAUGGUUUGGGUUACUGUAUAUUUCAUCCCACAGGGUCACCCUAAUGUUCACUCUGUGCCUUUUUUAACUUUGGGUGUAAUGAACUGGUGUCACUAGUGGGUCCAUGUCAGCAGUGCAAGUUAAUAACACACGAACAAUUAUAAAAUAAUCAUCAUUUUAAGCAUCUUUUGAUUAAGAAUGAGUAAUGCAGAUUUUAACAUUGCAUGAUUUGUUGCCAGUUUCUGUGCAACCCAUAUUACUCAAUAUAUUGAUAGAAGUAUAAUGAACUGUUGUUGUUUUUGUUUUGUAUGUUUUUUUUGUUUUGUUUUUCCAAAAAUGCUGGAUUUGGUCUCAUGAAAGGGUAUUGUGUAUGCUGACAGCUAUAUGCUGUCUGUCUGUCUGUCUGUCUUGUGUGUCUCUUGUACACAAAUAGCAGUCUUCUCACAAUCUGCUUGUCUUUUGACCAGGGUUCCUGUUGAAUGUGUAAAUAUAUUUACUGUAAUAUUUGAUUGCGUUAGUCUUUACGACUGUAAUAUGCUGCCGCUUGGGCUGUGAAUUUGAUGAAGGACAAGAGCAUGAUCAGGCUAAUCAUCCACCAUCUGGAUAAGGUAUUAUUAACAUUUAAUAUGCAUAUGCUGUUAUUACCUAAAAGCACACGCACUUGUGAUUUCCCUGGCUU